AUGGACUCGAUCUUCGGUAUUGUCGGCAAGGAUUUCGUGCUGCUUGCAGCAGACUGCAAGGUGGCCCGCAGCAUUCUAGUUUACAAGGAUGAUGAAGAUAAGUCUAUCAAUCUCGAUGAUCACAAAGUCAUGGUAACGUCAGGUCCUCAGAGCGAUCGCUUGGCAUUUGGCGAGUAUAUUCAAAAAAAUAUGAAGCUUUAUGAGCUUCGUAAUGGCGUGACGCUGAACGGUCCAGCUACAGCUAAUUAUGUGCGCGGUGAGCUGGCGCGCUUUCUGCGCCGAGCUCCAUACCAAGUAAACUUGCUUAUCGGUGCUGUAGACACCACUCCUGAGCAGAAUGCUGAGCCUAAUCUGCACUGGAUCGAUUAUCUUGGUGCUAUGGUCAAAGUGAACUUUGGUGCACAUGGCUACGGUGCUCACUUCUGCUUGUCCAUAUUUGACCGCGAAUGGAAGCCUGACAUGACGCUAGAUGAAGCCAGAGAUGUCCUUAAGAAAUGCCGCGCAGAACUUGACAUGCGCUUCCUCGUGCGCAACGGCCAGUGGGCGUACACGCUGAUUAAUGCCGAUGGCAUUUCACAAAUUAAGGUUGAGUAG